UGAUGGCACUUAAGUGCAAUAUUUUUCGAAGAUUUUAAACACGCAAAGGCUUCAUGUUUUCUAUCAUCGGUGUUAUAAUCGCGUGCCUAAUAUAUCACACUCAUGGUUUGCCAGAUCCGCAAAUCGUAGGCGGCUACGACGCUUCGGAUGGCGAGUAUCCUUAUCAAGUGUCACUAAAAUUAAGUACUGGACAGCAUAUUUGCGGUGGAGCUAUCAUUCACAAGAAAUAUGUUAUCACCGCGGCGCACUGUUUCGAGAAUCGCUCUAGAUCAGAUAUUGUCAUCGACGUUGGAAGCAUUCAUCUUUUUAAUUUUGAAAGUAGAUAUACAGCUUACAGCCUAAUAAUGCAUCCUCAUUACAACAAGACAAAAAACAUAAACGACAUUGGCUUAGUUAAUUUAACGACAGAGAUCAGCUUUAGUAAACACACCAAAUCGAUAAAUUUAAUAUCUUACGACGAAAAUUUCGAAGGUUUUGACUUUAUAGCUACUGGCUGGGGAAUGCUUUGGCCCGAUGGUCCGUUAUCAGAUCGCCUACAAAAAAUUAAAGUAAAAGGAUUUUCUCAAACUUUGUGCGUCAAAACGUAUCCAAAUAUUACCAAUAAUCACAUAUGCACUCUUCCAGCGUCGGGUCAAGGAAUGUGCUGUGGUGAUUCCGGUGGUGCACUUACUUACAAAGGCGAUCUGGCUGGCAUCGUAUCCUUUGGUAAAUGGCCGUGUGCCAGUGGCUAUCCAGACGUGUUCACCAGGGUAUACUAUUACAGACAGUGGAUUAACGAUACUAUUAAUGCAGAUAGCAAAGUGUACUGUUACGGACAGCAGAAUAACAAUACUAUUAAUGCAAGCAGUAACCAACAAUUCAACAUCUUUCUCGGACUUUUCAUGAUGUAUCUAUGUAUACAUUCAUUUCUUUAA